CCCAAGCCGCACUAACCUUCUUCUCCUCUUCUCGCGUUGCCGCCUUGACAGCACCAGCUCCGCUUCCCGCUUCUCUCAUUCCCACCGCACAACCCAGCCUCAGCUGCUUCUCCUCCUCGUCUUGCUGCCCUCACCUUGCAAACACCCGCGUGCUCGCGAGCCACAGCAUCAUCUUCUCGUCCAUCCGCUCUGCACGCGGUAGCCCCAAUUUCAUCCCCUACUCGCUCGCCAUCAUAGUACAUACAUGACACAACAAUUGCUAUUCCCGGCUAGCCUCACUCGCAAACCAACAUCUACAGUCAAGCCCCAGCAUCUGUUCUACCGCCACUCCUUCAGCAUCCUUCUGUCAACGCGCAAGGGGAGGGCUGCACCUUUGCCCCGGUCGUCGACUCCCCUCUACCCGUCCAGCUAGACAUCGCCACGGAUACCAGAUUGUAGGCUGCUGUUAGCCCCCGUAUCCUGUCGACACGCCGCAGCGUUUCACCUGCAAUUGUCCGCGCCGUCCUACGGGGCCUCUUUUACAGUCAUUGCACAUCAAGCCGCCGAUGCGCACCGCCUUUACCCUCCAGCAAUAGAUUGUUGUCUCUUUCCGUCUCCAUCAUUGCGCUUCUAGGUCGGCUCCAUCAUCUCUCAGACAAACAUGGCGUCUGAGCAGGUUAACGGCAGGCCCUCGGCCGACAAGAUUCGCGACGACGACUUCCAACCCCCAGCUCCCGUCACAGAUGCGACACAACCUGGCUCUGGCCGGCAAACACCCGACAGCUUGCAUCGACUACAUCCAACAAGCUCCAACCAUUCAAAUCCCGGCGGCGCCAUCCCUCCUGCUUCAAAUUGGCCCGAGGAUCCUACUCGUCGGAGCGGCGAACGAAAUAGAUCACGACAAAGGUCUGCACGAUCAGGAAGCGGUCAAGUUCGCACUUGCAAGAAGUGCGGCGAGCAACUGACAGGCCAGUUUGUCCGUGCUCUGGACGGAACAUUCCACUUGGAUUGCUUCAAGUGCAGAGACUGCGGAGAAAUUGUAGCCUCCAAAUUCUUCCCUGCCGACGACAAUAAUGGUGAAGGGCAAUAUCCCUUGUGCGAAACCGAUUAUUUUAGGCGCCUUGGGUUGCUCUGUCACCAGUGCGGCGGCGCGCUUCGUGGAUCAUACAUCACCGCCCUCAACCGAAAAUACCACGUCGAUCACUUUUCAUGCUGCAUGUGUUCAACUGUCUUUGGCGCGCAAGAUAGUUACUACGAACAUGAUAGCAACGUUUACUGCCACUUCCACUACUCAACACGAUUUGCGCAAAGAUGCAACGGUUGCCAAACAGCUAUUCUGAAGCAGUUUGUCGAAAUCUUCCGCAAUGGCCAAAACCAACACUGGCACCCUGAGUGCUACAUGAUUCACAAAUUUUGGAAUGUACGCCUAGGCCAGGCUGUAGACGAGAACAACCCGCCUCCAGAACCCGACAACCAGGCCGACAAAGAUCGCAUUCGAAAGGAUGAGGAGCUGAUGGAGGAAAAGGUAUUCCGUAUCUGGAGCGUCCUAUCGACAUUCGAAGAAUCAUCGGCUGCCUGUAUUUCUGAUAUGUUGCUUCAUGUAAGCAAUGGAUCGUACGUCGACGGCGUUGUUGUAGCUAAGCGCUUCAUAUCGCACGUUGAAAUACUUUUCAAGUCUACCGAUAGGCUAGACCAAACAGUCCUCGAGCAAAACGGCAAAGGAUUGUCAUAUGGACGCGAAGCAAAAUUACUGUGCAAAAAGAUUGUUGCCUUCUUCUCACUCUUAUCGAAAACCCAGGACAACGAAGCUCGCAAGCUGGGUGUUACACAGGAACUUUUGUCCCUGGUUACCGGCUUGGCACACUACCUGAAGCUUCUUAUUCGUAUUUGCUUACAGGGCGCACUCCGACUUGAGCGCGAGGAUCAGAACAGCCUCGGCCUCAACCAAUUUCUCGACGACCUGCACGACUUUGAUGCUUCCAAGACAGACGACGGUAUGUUGCAAGCAGCCAUGGCAGAUGUUAGACUCUCUGCCAAGGAUUCCGAUCAAUGUGCAUUAUGUAGGAGAGCCAUUGAAGAUGAGUGCGCAAAGAACGGUGAUUCUCGUUGGCAUCUCGCUUGUGUUGGGUGUAACCGUUGCGGCCGCGAACUUGGACGUACGCUAGUCGACACCCGCUAUAAUGCACAGGAAGGCAAGUUGUACUGUCUCAAGUGCGCGCCACAGCUCGAUUCUGCGACACAAUUGGAGUAUGUCUCCAAACUGCAACAGUUUAUCUUCCUCUUGCAAGUAGCGCUCGCACGUCUGUUGAAUAUCCUCAGCAGCAAUGGGGCCAUCCCAUCCCACCCUAUCGCCAACGUCGACAAGAACAACCUAAUUACCGAGCCUCCACGCUUAACAGCCGAUUCACGAUCAAAAUCUUAUUCCCCAGUUGGCGGAAACGAGGCGCGCCGCGAGUCUACAUAUGAAAAUACCUUGAACGAAGUUCGCCGGCUCCGAAGCACGAGGCUUGAUCGACAUCUUUCAACUAGCGUCCGUCGUGCAAGGACAUCCAAGGUUUUUGAGGGAGAUGGUCGUGCUCUACGGGAAGUUUCACCGGCUGGAGACGCAGACACUGGCCCGCAGGAAUCUACGGAUGCCAUGUUUGGUCACAACGAUGCCAUUACGCUAGAUGAUAUCCCUCGCAUCGUGGCCGCCGAACAAUCGCGCGAGAAGCAAAACCAGCAGGCUGUUGGCCAACCCGCAGCUCCCGCUACACGACACAACCGCGCAUUUUCCCUAGGGAAGGACGCAGACUUCCGCACGCCGGAUUCCGUCCCAGCUCGAAUCACUCGCAAGUUUUUCCCAGAGUUGUCUGCCCUAGAGUACUUCAACAUGCGCCUCUUGGCGGUGCUGACAAUGCAUCCGCUUGUCGAGCAGGAAGUCAGUCUGGAGGAGCUUCUCUCGUUCAUUGAGGCCAGAAAACCUGCCACAUUUUGGAAGAAUUUGGGUAAAGCUUUCAAGAACGAUAAGAAUAAGGGUACGAAGAAGAAGGGUGUCUUUGGCGUCCCUCUGGACUCUAUCAUUGAGCGCGAUGGAGCUGAAUCCACUGAUGGUGUCGGCCCUGGUGCGCUACGUGUUCCUGCUAUUGUCGAUGAUAUUGUCACCUGCAUGCGCAAGAUGGACUUGUCGGUGGAGGGCGUUUUCCGAAAGAACGGCAACAUCAAGAAGCAACUGGAGAUGGUGGAGCGCAUCAAUGCAGAGGGUUGUGACUCAGUUAACUUCAUGGAGCAGCCCGUGAUUCAGCUAGCGGCUCUGCUCAAGAGAUACCUGCGCGAGCUGCCUGAUCCGUUGAUGACGCACAAGCUGUACGGCCUAUGGACCAGUGCAGCCAAGAUUUCGGACCCUGCCAAGAAGAAGCAGUGUCUACAUCUGCUAUGCUGCCUUCUACCCAAGAGCCAUCGAGACUGUUUGGAGAUUCUAUUCACAUUCUUGAAAUGGGCCGGCACUUUCCACCAACUUGACGAUGAGGGUGGUUCUAAAAUGGAUGUCCGCAAUCUCGCUACUGUUAUUGCACCCAACAUUCUCACCAAUCCUUCCAAGGCACCAGCCCUCGACAACGAGGCUAUGUUUGUUAUUGAGGCUGUCGAGGUACUCAUCACCAACAUUGAAGAAAUGUGCCAGGUCCCAGAUGAGUUGCUUUCGCUCCUGAACGACCCGUACCUCUUUAGCGGACCUGGAGAAGUCACCACCAAAGAGAUUCUCAAACGCUUCCAGGAUCGUCGUGGACAAGUCCAAAUAGCCGAUGUGAACGAAGUCUAUAACCGUCAAGACAUGUCUAGCCGAUCGCCCCCGAAGCGAGUCGAAACAGACCCCUCCCUUUGGCAGGCCGAGCGAACUGUCCGGCCCAUCAACGAUCCCGCUGCCCCGAACCAAACCAUGGGAACUCCACCCCAGCUCUGGACAUCCGGUGACGAGCGUCCGUCUCCCUAUAAGAAUAGCCAGUACACUGCGUCCGAUAGCAACCUGAGCGCUCCAGAGAACGGCCAACGGGGCGACUGGCGCAACUCGGCCUGGGGUCGUCAUCCCCCCGGUGGUCUUGGUGUCGGCAACUCAUAGCGUGUCAGCGCCGUUUGACACAUUUCCGCUAAGCGCAGGCGUUGGUUCAUAUUUUAUUAUGAGUUUCUUUUUGCACCCAUUGAUUGGCGUUUUGCGGCGUUUUAGUUUAUAUUCCAUUGGCUCUCGACAAUAGGCCCUCUAGUGGCAAGGUAUUCUGCUUCCAGGCACGCAUGGCUUGUGCCGCUGAGGGCAUAUGUCGAGGGCAUGGACGACGUACAAAUGAAAGCGAGUUGUUUUCCUGGAGAUUGUUGCUUGGCAUAUUGGGUGGACUGUUUGUGUAUUUUUGUUUUGUUUUGUUUUUUUGGCAACGAGAUGAUACGGAGUGACGAAAACAGGCGGCGCUGGUGUGGUUGGUUGUCAUCGAAGAAGAAGCACGUUUGUCUGCUUCGGCAGCAUGCAUUGCUUUUUUACAAAGCAGUACAAUUUUUGUUAUAUACGUAUGAAGCAUAGCACAUUUGGAUGGCGCAAGAGGGAGUAGAAGAACGAAAGUCGAAAAAACGAAGAGAUUGAAGCAUCAUGGGAGUUUUAACGCUCGAUCCGAUCGGAGCGAGGUCGAAGCAUUUUGUUUUGCGCAUUAGUUGGAAGACGAAAUUCAAUGGGAGUAACACCUUAAAAGACUGGUUAUCUCUUUAGAGGACAUUCAAUCGUGUUUCUCUUUUUAAUUUUUAAGUUGCAAUGGCGACUAUAGUGAUAAGAAACACAUUAAACUUUACAACGGAACACUUUUUGAUUCUGCUAGAAAACCCCCGUGACUGUAGUAUAUAAUUUUACAUAAAUUGUUUUGCUUGAGAGAAGACACAUGCAUUACAUCAGUGCCAUCGCGGCCGUAUUUUCUCUGUAUUAUCAAGAUAUGUACUAAUUAAAAACGAUGCGCACGAUGCGAACAACAGCAGCAGCUACGAAAAGUCAAGUAGCUAGCUAGCUUCAUUAUAAAUUAUAAAUGCCAACAGAACAAUAAAUGGCGUCUCCGUGUCCUUUUAAUUUUCCUUCAUCAGUUGUCUCUCACAAUCACAGUCAUUAGGCCUUGACAGCAGCCUUCUUGUCCUGCUCGAGGAACCAGCCAACGCCUCUAUCAAUGCCCUCCUGCACUGUCCACAGGGGCUCGUAGCCAAGCACCGUCUUGGCCUUUGUGAUGUUGUAGUAGCGAGUCAUGCCGGAGAUGGUAGCCCGCAGCUUGGUAAAGGUAGCAGGCUUCUGGAUGAUGCUGAAGAAGAUCUCAGAGGCCAUGCCAAAGAAGGCGCCCAUUUCGCGGCUGAGUUCCCAGACGCCUUCGGUACCCUUCUCGUUGCCGGCAGCGCGCCACACCGCACGGGCAAAGUCCCAAAAGUACACGGGGGAGUCGUUUGUGAUGAAGAAGACUUCGCCGUCGACACGCUCGUGGUCAAGAGGCUGCGUGGAAGCGCCAAGAGUGGCGAGCAGGCGGUGGGCAGCGAGUAAGUGGGCGUGGGCAAUGUUGCCGACGUAGGUAAAGUCGAAGAGGUUGUUGUUGUCGCCAAUCUGGACGUUGGUCUUGCCGCCCUUGUAGGCGCGCAGCAGGCCGGCGAGGUUCUGGACGUCGCCUUCGCCAAAAAUGCCGGCGGGACGGAGCGAUGUUGUGAGCAGCUUGUAGGGGUCGGUGCGGUUGGCCUUGAUGACGAGCUCUUCAGCGG